GUGUGGAUCAUCUCAGCAGAAGAAGAAGGGCAUCCAGAGGAAGGAGCGCAUGGCCGCUCCCGCCGCCACACCUGCCAGCAGACCCAGCGCCACGCUCUCUGCGACGCCGUCAAACGGAUCUCUCUGAACCACAACCUGGGAUGGAGAGGAAAGGAUCUGCUUUGAUGUGCUGUUGACAACAAUCUUUCAUUUGCUCUCUGCUACAUCAGAGUGGAACGAUGGAUUUGUCCUCCGAUGAGGAAGAGGUUCGCACCUUCGUCCAAGUUCUAAGUGAGAAGUACAACCCAGAAAAUUUCCCCUACGGCCAAGGAGUUGUGGUUCUGCCCAGUCCGCCGGGUUCUCCCGUCAAAGGUGGCCUCUUCCUGCCCAGCGCUCUGGUUCUGAGCGACUCUGGAAUCAGUAAAGCCGGAGCCGGGUCGGACAUCGCGGCAGUCUGCGCUCACGUGUUGGAGCUGGACCUGUCCUUUAAUCAGCUCAGCGACUGGGAUGAGAUCGGCACCAUCGUCUCCAGCAUCCCUCACCUGGACUUCCUCAACCUGAGCAUGAACCCCCUGAGCGGCGUGCAGCUGAACCCCAGCAUGGCGGAUGUUUUCUCCAGAGUCAGGCGACUCGUUCUCAUCAACACCCAAGUCAGCUGGGACACGGUGCACACGCUGACGCAGCACACGCCCGAGCUGAAGGAGCUCUUCCUCUGCCUGAACGGCUUCAACACCGUGUCCGAGUCGCCGGCGCCCUGCUCGUCGCUGCGCCUGCUGCAGAUCACCGACAACCAGCUGCAGGACUGGUCAGAGGUGAGGAAGUUCGGGCAGCUGUACCCCAGCCUGAGCACGCUGGUGCUGGCCAACAACAGCGUGGACUCCGUGAGCGACAGCAAGAAAACCCUGGAGGACCUGUUCCCCAACCUGCGCAGCAUCAACCUCAACAACUCGGGACUCAGCACAUGGACAGACAUCGAGAGGCUGAACUUCUUUCCGAAGCUGGAGGAGGUCAAAGCGAAGGGGAUUCCUUUGCUGCAGUCCUACAGCACCCAGGAGAGGCGGAGCCUCCUCCUCGCACAGCUGCCGUCUGUGAUGUUUCUGAACGGGAGUAUGGUGUCCGAAGGGGAGAGGGAGGACGCCGAGAGGUUCUUCAUCCGGUUCUACCAGGACUGUCCGGCUCAGGAGCUCUCUGACAGGUACCACAUCCUCGUAUCAAAGUACGGUCAACUGGCCCCGCUUGCAGAGGUGGACCUGAGGCCCCGCUGCACCACGGUCAAUGUGCGCUGUGGCGACAGGGUGGAAACCGUUGACCUCCGCCUGGAGCAAACGGUGGGCGACCUCACGAAGCAGCUGAGAGCUCUUCUGCAGCUUCAAACCAACGGGAUCCGGAUGAUCUACGUCAGCCAAGAAAUGAGCUCGGUGUUUGGACCGGAGGAGCUGAAAGGAAACUCCCGGGCCCUUCACUCCUACAACAUCCAGGACGGGGAUGAGAUCCUGGUGAUUCCCAAAAGCAAAAGCCGCUGCGACUCCUCGGGUCUUUGAUCAGGACCCGUUAACAGAAUAUAGAGUUUUAGGAGGAA